CAUGAGCUACUACUACUCUCCUCACAGUCGCAGCAUAAUUUUACCACCAUAACUUCCGCCGCAAAAUCACUCACCACCACCUUCUCCGCCGCGAUGAAACCUCUUCCGUGAACGUGUGUGGAAGAAAGCUUUAGAUUUUCCCCCCGACAAUGGAAACUUCGGAAAACGACAGCGUCGUUGAUCGAACGGAACCUUCGAAUUCCCACGCCGGCGAGAACGCCGAUGAUCCCCUCUUGAAGAGCUCCGAAGUUUUGGCCAAAGGCUUGUCAUCGAUUCUUUCAACUGUGAUUAGGGAUUUCGAUUGCAGAGCUCAAGAAACUCUCAGGAGCCAGGACCACCUCUCUUCCGCCAUUGAUCGUCUCACCCGAGAACUUGAUCAGUUACUCGAAGAUGCACCUUUGCCGUUCAUAAUGCAGCAUGCUGCCAAGAUUUCUAUUGUUAGGAAAAGAGUUUCUUCACUGAAUUCAAUUUUAAAAUCCAUACAAGGGCGGAUUGAUAAUAUCGACCGCAUGCUGACUAUUGGCACCACUCAUGAGAAAACAACCUCGGAAGGUUCUGGGUGAAUUGUCAUCAGCUUAAUAAACUUCCAUUGUUUCCAUAUAUACUAUGUAAUGCACCCUUAACCCUAUAAAUUGAAUUAUUCUUGUUAGGCAUAUACUUGCUUGGUGUCAGUUAAGGACUUCAAAAUUGGCAUCCCGUUACUAGUAUUUUGCUUGCUUUUGAUUAUCACUUUCUGUUUGAAAAUCUCAAAAAAUUCUAUCACUUGAUUGUAUUUACAAGUCAUUUUAUUCCAAAUUUAUUA